AUUAUAUUCUGAUUUUUCGACUGAAUUACAAGUCGAAAGAAGAACAUUUACUUUCAAAAACUGAUCAAGUCGAUUAUUGUCUAAGAACAACAGCGCAACUAUUUUAAUAAAAAUGAAACUUUUGUGUUUUUUAAUAACAUUUGUCCUUGUAAGUGCAUCAGCAGAUGAAGAAGCGGAUUGUAAGAAGGAAGUUUUUCUUGCAAAUGCAGCCUUUAAGUGUGCUUAUAAUUUAACUGUGGGAGGUGGUUCUGAAGAAAAUGGAUUGGAGUAUGUAAUUGAAAGAAUUGUCAAUACCAUUUUACAUACACGGAAUUGUUUCGCCAAAAUCAAUUAUAUGAUCGCUGUACCGGAAAAAACGGAUAUUGUCAUCGAUAUACCAGAAAAUGAACACCUGACUCUAAUGAAAAGAUGCAGUUUCUACCAGUAUAAUAUACAACGAAAAAUAUUAAAUACAUUAAACGUUGACAUUACUAGAUCUUAUGAAACUCAAGUCAUUGCUUAUCCGGAAGCUGAUAAAGACCAAGACUUUGGAGAAUUAAAUUUGGAAACACUUGCGAGCGAGAGAAGAGAAUAUGUUGUUAAAGCUUUGCAAAAUAUAUUUAGACGUGAAUUAGGAUCCAAGUAUGACAACUUUAUGUCGGAACUAGAACUAAAAAUAAGAGAUACAUUAACUGAUGAAGUCCAAGAUUUGGGACGCUUAAAUAUAACAACCCUUAUAGAAGAAAGAAGAGUUACUGGAACUUCUUUAGAAAAUACAUUCACACGUGUAAUAGGAAGGAAUAGUCCUGAAGUUGCUGAAGUUCAAUAUGAAUCUUAUAAUUUGUCUAAAAGAGGUAUACCUUUAUUACGGUUUUGUCGAUUGAUGGGAUUAUACAUAAGUACACAAAAUCCAACAGAAUACAUAAGAAAGCUUCAGACUAACUACAAUAGUAAUACUUGUACUCUAUGGGAUGGAAGAAACGAGAAAAUAUUUAGAAAAAUUGAUGGAGUAUGGAAACAAUUCAGUACAACUACUUGA